AUGAAUUAUGCCGAUGCAGUGAAACGUAAUGAGCCAGUGGUAUUAGUAGUACCCAAGCAAACCCAAUCAACAGAAAUGACACAAAAAGCUGUCAUGGAAUUAAUGAAUCCAUCUGAAAUUCCAGUUGACAAUAUGCGUAACGCUGGCAAAGGUACAGUAGUAUUGGAAGGACGAUCCAUGGCUGAUGUAGAAAUCAUUCAGAAGUAUGCUGCAGAAAAACUGGGAGCAACUUAUGAAGUGAAACUAUCAGAAUUGAAAAAACCGAAAGUUUUGAUAAGCGGGAUGAGCGAAAAAUUUGCCAAUGAAGAAAUUAUCACAAAAUUGAAAGCGCAGAACACUGUGUUACAAAAUGCAGAUCUUCGUAUAGUUUCAACGUUCGGCAAAAAUUCACUCAGUGCGGUAAUCGAAAUAGACACCAAGACGUUCAACAACAUUAUGUCUAGCGAACGAAAAAAAUUGAACAUCGGAUGGUCAUGCUGCACUGUCAAAGAGUACAUUGACCUCAUGAUAUGCUACAAGUGUCAGGGAUUCCACCACAAAGCAAAGGAAUGCACAAGGAAAAAAGCAUGCAAGAAAUGUUCUGGCGAACAUAAUCUGAGCGAAUGCAAGUCGAAGGCCAUCAGAUGCACGAAUUGUUUCAAUGCCAACGAAAAAUUGAACCUCAGGCUCAAUGUUAAUCAUAUGGCGGGUUCAGACAAGUGUAAACAAUCAAAGAAUCCCUGUUUGCUAUACUUGAACAUUCAGGGAUUGACAACCAAUUUGAAUCAACUCAAGCUUCUAGUAGCUACCAAGAACCCGUUAGCCAUCAUUAUCAGUGAAACGCACGUUACAGGAGAAAUAAGCGAUCGUGAAAUUAACAUUAACGGAUACAAUGUGAACCGAUGUGAUAGUCAUUCGCGUCAUACCGGUGGUGUUAUUGUUUACACGAAAAAAGGAACGAGAUUCAAAAUCUUGAAGAACUUCAAUUUAGACAAGCAACUAUGGUUACUUGGAAUCGAACUGAGUGUAAAGAACGCGAAUUACAGUGUGUAUGGAGUCUAUAAUCAAUGUGCUGAAGCAAAAUAUAUAAAAUUUCUCUCGGACUUUUGCGAAAAUGAUAUCGAUUAUUCAAAAGUGAAUGUGUUCGUCGGUGACGUAAAUAUCGACUUGCUCAGUGACGGAUUCUACGCUCGAAAGUUGAAGGAAUGUAUCAACGAUUCAACGAUGAAGCAAAUAAUCACUGAACCAACAAGGAUUACGAAGAAUAGUCGGACGCUUAUUGAUCAUGUCAUGACCAAUGACGUCAAUUCAGUGAAAUACCGCAUCCUUAAUGAUGAAAAGAUUUCGGAUCAUUCGACUGUAUCCGUUUUGCUGAGCGGUAAAGAAAGUAACGAGGAAAGUGAAAAAAUUAAGAUCUUGAAGUACGGUGAGAAUGAUUUGACAAAUUUUUUCAUGACGAAUCAGUGCAAUCUUCCUCGAAACGGUGAUGUGAAUGAAAAAUCAGAAUUUUUUAUGUCGUUAAUUAGAGAUUUCUCGAAUGAAUUUUCCAAAGUGAUUGAAUUGACAGAUAAAAGUGAUACUAAGUGGUUUAACAAUGAACUUCGUGGAUUGAAAAAAAUUAAAUCCGAUCUAUAUGAAAAAGCCGUUUUGACUGACUCUGAUAAUGAUUGGCAUCUGUUUAAGAAUGCAAGAAAUAAAUACGUCAACAAGUUAAACUACGCAUGCAGAAUGAACACAAUGCAAAGCAUCCGCAAGAAGAAAGGCGACCAAAAAGGUAUGUGGAGAAUUUUGAAAUCAUUAAUUAGCAAAAAAGGUCUCAGCAAGCCCAAUUACAUCAUAUUCGACGGUGAAAAUGUGGAAGCAACGAAAGAGAAUGAGCCACGAAUUGCAAAUCGAUUCAACAAGUUCUUCAUCGACAGUGUUAAAGACAUCCAUCAGAGUAUUGAUGAUGGAGUAGUUCCAUUUGACAUCGAAAGUGUUACGUUAUGCGCGAAUACCUUCAAAUUCGAAUCGAUUUCGCUGACAAAAUUACAUGAAACUAUCAAAAACCUGAAAAACAAAAAAGAUUUUGAUGGCAUUGACAUUCGAUUCGUUAUUGAUGCAUGGGAUCACAUUGGACAGCAAUUGGUUGAUAUAAUAAACGAUUCUCUCCGUGAUGGAAUAUUCUCAAAAUGCUGGAAACAUUCAAUGGUGGUGGUUGUUGAAAAGAUCGUCCGUGCACACAAUCCAGUGGAUUUCCGACCAAUCAAUAUGCUUUCAACGUUCGAAAAAAUUUUGGAAACGGUGGUAAAAGAACAACUCUUACAGCACAUAAACAUUAACAAAAUUUACAUCAAUGAACAGUCUGGGUAUCGCAAACUACAUUCCUGCGAAACUGCCUUGAACUAUGUCAUAGCUGACUGGAAAAGCGAGGUGGACAACAAAAACGUAAUUUUGGCAGUGUUUGUGGAUUUCAAGCGAGCUUUUGAAACCGUUGAUCGUGCUGUGUUGCUGAAAAAGUUGGAGAGAUAUGGAAUCCGUGGUACCGAGUUGGCGUGGUUCAAUGAUUACUUGUCUGACAGGCAGCAAACAACAAAAUUUGGUUCAAGUGUUUCGGAUCCUCUGACGAAUGAAUUAGGUUUGCCCCAAGGAUCUGUUUUAUCUGCCAUUCUGUUCACACUGUUCAUCAAUGAUAUCAAAUCCAACUUUCAACGCGGUAAGAUCAACCUUUUUGCUGAUGACACUACCAUUUAUGCUGUCGGCGAAGACAUAAACGAGUUGGUUCAGACAGUCAAGGGUGGUACCGAGUAUGGUUUCAGCGAUCGUCUCAGACCAAAGAACUAG